UGGAAUUUCAUCAUAAUAAACGGACAUGAUCAAUGUCGGACCACACAGCUUUAUUAUGAUUUUGAUUUUUAAAAAAUCCGCUUAUAAAUUCUAUGUUUAGCUCGAGGCGUCGGCAGUUAUUCUUGUGCUUUGCUAAGCGCUUCGUCAAAACAAUGGCAAUAGAAUUUGUUUACAUAUUGCUCGUGAUUUCGUUGGGUUCAGUUAAGUGCGCAGUUAGUCGCGGUACAUUUAUCGGUGAAUGCAUAUGGAGCGGUGGACCUAGUGAAAGUGUAACAUUUCUUUGCCACGACCAACAAAUCAUUCCCGAUCGUUUUUUCAACUAUGAACACAAGAAAAAGCCAUGUUCAAAUAACCGAGACGGUUAUAUCAAAGACUCAAUUGGAGUAAUGUCAUUUCAAAAUUGUGCACUACAAAAAAUUCCCGUGGAUAUUAUUGAGUACUAUCGAUACGUUUGGAAGCUCAACAUAUCGGAUAUUUCGUUGAAAUCGUUAGGCCAAAAGGAUUUCAAUGGAAAAUACGAGCAACGGCUAAGAACAUUGGUGGCAUCGCAUAAUCUUUUGAUCGAAAUCGAACCAGGACUUUUCAACGGCGCACAACACAUACGUGACGUGGAUUUUUCGUUCAAUAAAAUUAAACGCAUCGCUUCAGCAGCAUUUACCAACGCAACCGAAAUGUUGUCGUUAGACUUAUCGAACAAUAACCUCGCGAAAUUGGAUGAUCGAACGUUCCAGAGUCUGCAUAAUUUGGAAACUUUAAUUCUUCGAAAUAAUCAAAUUGAUGAAUUAAAUGUGUUGACAUUCGCCGGAUUAAGCACUUUAGCAAAAUUGGAUUUAUCGUAUAAUAUGUUAACACAUUUGAAUGCCGAAGCAUUCGAAGAUUUGGUGUUGAAUUGUUUAAAUGUAUCACACAAUGGAAUCACCGAAUUUGACGCGAAUUUGUUUUCGCAUUUCAAUCAAAUGCAAAUCUUGGACAUUUCUUACAAUAACAUUUCCAGCCUGAAUGACACAUUCUACAGUAUGUCAGCAACGCUAAGAGAACUCUAUAUGUCAAAUAAUCACAUCAAAAGUAUCAACGGUCUUGCAGCGUCCACUUUCAUGUUGACCGUAUUGGAUGUGUCGAAAAAUGAAAUCAGUGAUCUAUGUGAACAUAUUUUUGACAAUUUUACCAAUUUGAACAACAUCAACUUAUCGUUAAAUCCGAUUAAAAAAUUGGGUCGGUUCAUUUUUGCAAAGCACGCCAAUCUCUUGCAUUUGAAUUUAUCACAAAUCAGUUUAACCAACAUUGAGCCAAAAACAUUUUUGAAACCACAGAAACUGCAAUCAAUUGAUUUGUCCAAAAAUAAGUUGAAAAAAGUGGAUUUCAAAAUGUUCUUACCGCGUUUUAAAGACUUGCAUCGAUUUUAUCUCGAAGGAAAUGAUGAAAUAAGUGAUUUGGCCGGUUUCCGACGACAAUUGUUUCCAAAUCUACACACACUCGGCAUUCAAAACAACAACUUCAAUUGCUCGUACUUGCAUACAUUCUUCGAUAAAGAUGUUUGGCACGAGUUGACUAUUGAGGUGGAUCGCAUUUAUACAUUUGAAGUUGAGGGGGAUAAUGUGGGCGGCAUCAGGUGCAAAGUAGUCGAAGAACCAGAUGAAGUGACGGAUAGUGACCAAAUCGAUGAUCAAGUCGUCACUAUUACUCCUCCGCCAUUAAUGACCAAUAAAUAUGCAAAAAUGAUCCUUAAACCAACUGAAGAAGGAACCGAUUCGGCGACCUUAAUCGUUUUAUCUUGUAUAGUAAUAGUGGCAAUUGUUGCCUUUGCUUUUGUGAUGUACAAAACUAAAAUUAUGAACUAUUUCGGAAUCAAUCAACUUGCAUAUUCUCAAAACUACUCUCGGUCCACAUUGUCGGUUGGCGAGGAGCCCAUGGUAUUUACGGAAGUGAAUGAAAAAAAUAUAGAAGGAAAUUGAAGAAAAAAAAUCUCAUCAAAAUAAAGAAAAUUAGCAUAUUCCCUUUAACAUUUUAAUUUAAAUUGCAAUUGUGCAGAACUGUAUCUCAAAUUGAACACGAUUUAAUAAAGCUAUUGUUCCUCCUGUAAA